AUGGGCCGUUACCGGCGGCUGCCCACCAUGCCGACUCGCCACACGGAUCUGGGCCCAUUGGGGGCUGCAGUGCUCAUCGCCAAGGUGAACUGGGGAAUUGGAAUGAUUGCCAUGCCAUUCUACCUGCACGCCGCGGGGCUAGAAGCUGGGCUGCUGUUCUUCGUGUUGAGUAUGUUACUGGCCUGGGAUGCGGCCAAUGUCAUGCAUCACUUGGCUCAGCGGCUGCAGGAGACCUCCUACGUGGCGCUGAUUUUCAAGGGCCUGGGCCCUCGCGGCUCCGUCCUGGCUGUCCUGGCUGUGCUGCUCGCGGGCUGGGGCUCUGCUGUGGCCUGGCUGAAGUUCAUCGGCGAUAAUGUGGCGCGCUUCGGGGGCCUGCGUGGCGCCCUGGGGGAUGGGAGGCUGGACGUGGCGCUGCUGGCGCUGCCGUUGAUGGCCUGCGCCUGGGUGGAGGACAUCACCCUCCUUGAGAGAUUCAGCUUUUUGGGCCUGGUUUCUGGGCAGUGCUUCGUGCUGCUGAUCUUCAUUCUGGCGGCGAAGCACUGGGUCGAGUUACCCAGCUAUCUGCAGAGUCAGCCCUUUCUGCGGCUGGAGUCCUUUCCGGUGGCCAUGGGCAUUGCGGUGUUCUGCAACGAAGGGAUGGUUGUGAUGUCUUCUGAGGUGAGUUCAGCCAUGCUGCGGCCGAAACAGUUUAGUUGGGCCGCCAUGCUGGCCGUGACUUACUUCACAGUGAACUAUCUGCUCUUGGCCCUCUGCGGGGAUUUCUUGUAUUCCUAUCUGCCAGGAGGCACAGUGGCUCAGGAAGUAACCCUCUCCCCUGCCUUCAGUGUGACACCGAUGCAUCGGGUGGCGGUCUUGUGCUACGUGUUGCAGUUAUUGCUCACCUUCCCUAGCUCUUUGUUUCUCAUCUUCCGCAACACCGAGCAGUUCUUCCCUUCCCUCCGCACUGCUUCGCUUCGCCGCACCUGGCGUGUAGCGCUGGUGCUGUCCUGCUGCGGCUGCGCAGCGGUGCUGCCACACUUCGGGGAUUUCCUGGCGGUCUUCGGGGCGGUGGCCAACUCCGUCUGUAUCUACAUCUUGCCGCACCUUACCCUGCUCUCACAGGGUAAAAUGACAGAUCACCAGGGACCUUUGGUGGAUGACCUAGGGGCAUCCCCUCCGGACAUCUCUCGAACGCGACGGCUUUGGUCCUGGUUUGUGCUGACCUUCUUCGGGGGCUGUUGCGGCCUGCUUGCCGCCGCCGUGUCGUUUUGCUACUUGGUGGACCACAUCCAGGGUAGCAGAGCCAAGGUCACAGAGAUGUUGGACCGCACGGGGCAGUUCCCCAGUGCCGUGUCGCAGACCUUGACGGACCUGGCCUUUCGCUGCAUUCGUUCGAAUCCUGCAGAGAGACCUCUGUUCAAGACUUUGGUGGAGGAACUGAGGGACCUUUUCUUGGUACUUCUGACCUGUUUGGGACGACCAACUAUGGAUAAAGACAACGAACUGAUCUGGGUAAGACAUGAUAAGACCCUGGGGUUUGUGGGUUACAACAACACCAGGGAGGUGCACAG